UCACGAGCGAAGACGGACCCAGGAAGUCACUGUUUCCUAACAACACGGAAGACUCCUUCCAGACACGGUCUUCCUUCUACCCACAAUUCACGGAUGCCAUCACCUUUAUCGACCCGCACCUAGAGAGCCAAGCUUACGCAAUCUGUAAAAACAACACCGAAUGCCUAUUCGACAUAAGCCAAACGGGUGACAUAAGCUACGGCCAUGUGCUGUUGGAGGCUGAUGAAGAAUUUCGCUAUAAACAAGAUAUGCUCAACAUGUUUCCUCCCACUCUAAAUGGACCCGGCACUGUGUAUGCGACCGUGGGUACAACAGUGACCGUAGUUAUCACAGCUACCGACCCUUCUACACGUUUUCCAACCUUUGCACUGGGACCAGAGGUCCCUGAUACCGUGGAACUACGUGUGAGGGAGUCAGAGGCAACUUUGAUCUGGCAGGUGACGUCUGCCUCACCGUUUAAACUCCAAGUCGAUGUUUAUAACGCCGAGAACACGACAGCCCAAUACUGGCCCGUGGUUUACAUGUGUUCAUGUCAAAAUGGUGGUAACUGUGACUCAAGCGUGGAUCCUGACCCCUCCAUUGCAGGUGGCGAAAACAAAUUUUUCAGACGGACAUGCAGCUGUGCACCAGGCUACGCCGGAGAUGACUGUGGGUUCCAGGUGGACGCAUGCUUGGUGAACUUGAACCCAUGUUUCCCUGGGUCGGAGUGCACAGAUCUCCCUCCGCCAGCUGGGUUUGGUGCGGAUGGAUACACGUGCGGACCAUGUCCAGACGGGUACACCGGAGACGGCAUCAACUGUCAAGGUCAGAGAAGUUGA